GCAUAAAAGCCGGCGCAAUCAGGAACUGAGCGCAUUUUUCAAUGUUUUAAACUUUCAAACAUGUUUAAACUUGUGCGCCUACUGAAAUCUUUGCUGCAAAGUGUUCAAAUAUUUGUAAUAUUCCAUUAUGCUAUUGUCAAACGUACCAUUUCAAAUAACUAUGGAACAAAACAUCCAAUACUGAUAGAUAUUGUUACGUCAGUUAUAACAAUUUAUUUUUUGUUAUUCUCGAUAAUAUUGCUAUCAGUAUGCGGAUGUUACAAAAUCUUAGUUUAUAUUUACCUGUUGUUAAGACACGGAAAACUUCUGAAUGGUAUGAUUGCCGGAAUGGAUAUGCUCACAAUUUUGGCACCUGGUUGCGAUGGUUCAGUCCAUGGGCUCACAAGAUGUUCCACCAAUAAACCCUAUGAUGCAAGAGAAAUUUACAAUCAACUUUGCACUCAAAUAAACAAAAAGUUUUAUCAAAACCAAGUUGAUGGAAAGUUUUUCUCUACUAGAGAGUACACCAUUUUGGGUUAUCACUACUUCAAAGAAACAUUCGGAGUAGAAGUUGAAGACAUUGUUAAAUAUAUAAACGCACCUGAUCGAGAAGUAACUGAUUCCAUCACUGAAGAUGAAUUGAUGCAACUAGCAAAAACCUACUUCAAUUCAAAUCUCCCUGUGAAUAACAAAUUCAACUGGGAUAUCUGCCUAUGUCUCAAUCCGAUUGCUUCUGAAAACAAAACAAAUGAUGAUGAUAAAACUAAUUUUGUAAUAUUUACAAGAAUGCAUCACACUUUGGGAGAUGGUCUUGUCAUUUACAACGUCUUAGUAAACAAUCUCUUCCAAUUUGGACCUGAAUUCAAAACAUACUCAGAAAAUCUUGUCAAUAAAUGUAAAAACUUAGAAAAGAAGAAAGCCGGCACACAUGUAUACAAAUACGGACACAAAAUACUCAUAGACAAACCAUGCAUUCUACGAGAUGGUCAACGCCAUGUUAAAACCAUGUUUACUAACAUAGUUGAACAACCAUCUUCAAUGACCUAUUUAGACAAAAUAAAACUUAUCAGGCAAAAAUAUCCUGGAGUGAUGACAUUCAACAUUUUCAUGACGGCAUACUCAGCAUCUUUAGCUGAUUACUAUAUAAAAUAUUCUAAACCAAAAGAUAUCCCAGAAAACAUGGAAACAACACAUCCUGUACAACUAGACAUUCGAAGAUAUUUAGACAUAUACUCAUGUGCAGACAAGAUUAAGUUAUCUAAUGAAGUAGCUAGUUUUCAGUUUACUUGUCCAAUCGUCCCCAGAUCUAAGAAAGAUGUUCCAAUUGAAGAUUACCUAAUUGACAGGAUGUUGACAAUAAAAGAUGACUUUGAUAGAGCUAUGAAUUCCAUGGAUAUUCAAGCGAGUUACAUCUGGACCGCGGUGUAUUUUGCUGUCUUUCCUUAUUGGAUCACAAGGAAUCUGUUUGAAGGAGUGUUUAUAACAUCACUGACAACUUGCAUGCCUGGCGGACCCAAACUAAAGUUAUUCAACAACGACAGCGUAGAUCACAUAUCAUACUUCCUACCAAAACAAUACUACAGUACCCUGGUGUUAGCAAUAAACACUUACAAUCAUCUGCUUCAAAUCGGAAUGACGGCAAACGAAGAAAAGGUUGAGACGCUCACAAAACUAAACGAAAUACGUGAUGGAAUCUUUAAAUAUUUAGAUCUACUCUACGCACAAUGUGUUAAAUUGGAUUAGUAAUAAGAACACACACAAUACAUUGUCUUUAUCUUCAAUAUAAUUUUUUAUAAACGGUUA